AAUAAAUAAAAUAUAACAAUAAAAUUGGUAUUAUUGAAAGUUAUGUCGGAUGUUACAAAAUGGUGUAGAAAACCGAUUGUACGUUUCGAUUUUAUAUGUUUCCUUUAAUGUUUUGUAAAACCACUGAAAACGAAUACCAAAAUUGCUAUUUGGUAAUUCGUUAGUAACAAGCGACGGGCACACUUAGCAGCUUAAUCUCCGCCAGCAAGAAGCACUCAAAUUUGAAUUUUGAAAACAUCAACAGAAAUAAAAAAAUGUAUGUGAUUUCCACUUCCAAGAAGACCGUGCUCUCCGAUUUCGCCGAUCUGGAGACAAAGUCUGAGUAUGUUCACCAAAGUUCCGAGCCGACGGAUUUCCAAUUCAAUGGCCAGCGGCGGGUUUUCGUCGAGGUGGAUAAAAUGGCGGGCUUAGCGGUCAUGCGAAUCAAGGAGAAGGAAGGAAGGGGACCCGAGAUACAACGUGUCCGGAAACUGACCAUCGACAAUGCUUUCUGUGUGGCGUGUGCCAAGCAAUCGUUGGAGGAGAUUGCCGUGGGCCAGAGCGGUUGUGUCAAGCUGUAUAACUUUCGGACAGCGCAGCUGAUCCACCGGUUUCCGGCAGAUCCGCAGAGGAGCACUGUUCUCUACAUGGACUACAACAACACCGAUGAGUAUAUAGCCGCCGUUCGCGAUGGCGGGGAUAUUAGUAUUCUAGGCACCAAGACCAAACAGAAGACUAACACUUUUACCAUAGAUGGCGACUCCACUCUUGUACGUUUUCAUCCGAGCAAGCGUUUUCACCUGUCGAUCGCCUCAUACAAAGGCGCCGUGACCGUGUAUGAUGUGCAGGGCAUGCGGAAGGUCUUUCACGCCAGCGAGGCGCACAGUGCUCCCUGCCGGGACAUCAGCAUGUGUGCAUCCCAGCCUGCGCUGCUGGUCAGCGUGGGCUACGAUUGCAAAAUAAACAUCUUCGACAUCCGACGGAAUAGGGCUCAGGCUUCCACUGAUCGCUUGUCCUACUCCCAUCCGCUUUCAACGGUGGCACUGAGUGAAUGUGGGACUUACCUGUGUGCUGGAAACCUUAAAGGUGAAUUGAUAGCCUAUGAUAUGAGAAACACAACUGCUCCGUUGGCUGUGAGGAAUGCACACGAAGCGGCAGUGACCCGGGUGGCUUUUGUGCCUAUACCAAGCGGAAUAAAUCAACAGAAUGGCAGCUUUAAUAGUUCAGGAAAUGCAACUGAAUUGGUAACCGAAGCACCUCGUGUAGAACGUUCUUCCAGUGAUGAGCUGCGAAAAUCAAUUGCCGCUAGUUUGCUGAACACCCAGCAGCAACUAAACAGUAUAGCCAGUCUCGGUUUUGGCGUGGCGGCUUCUGCAAGUGUUCGUAGGGAUUCCUUCUGCGAUUUUUUAGAUGCCCAAGGUCCGAAGGCUGUGGAUCGCAUGUCUACUCGGUUGGGUUCUUCUUACAGGGACAGCUUUGACUGGGAGACCCUUAAUCGAAAGCCGACUCACAAUGAAACUGCCCAACGUCAGAGUUUUUGCCCUCCAGUGGGAUCAGGUGUCAGCUCGGUGGACAGUUCCUGCAACAGUUCCACCACGGAGUCACUUCAACAGGCAUUAAGCGGCCCACUCAAGGAUAAGAGCAACAUCUCUGCCGAGGGAAAGCUCAUGAUAAUUGCCGAGACCGAUGAGCACAGCGAGGAACAGUUGGGUAAUAUUUCUGAAGCCAGUAGCACAGGUGCAGGGAGUGACAAGGAGAAUCCCCCGCCAGUGGACGCCGAAUUGAAACGUCGUUUGCGUUUGCUUUCGGCCAGUAGGAACAGUACGCCGCAUCAUGCAAAUGUCACACCACUAUCCUCAAACCCACAGUUGAAGCCUCAGCAGUUGCUGGCAAAAUCAUCAAGCGGACUAUCUGCACAAAUGGAUGCAGACUUGCGCAGGGAAUUUAGCGAGCUAAAGGAGUUUGUAGAUCAACGCUGCGGACAGAUGGAGCGGGAACUGGAAUACAUUGCCCAGUUCAAUCAGCGACAUUUAGCCACCAAGAUGACAAACUACAUGAAUCAGCAGAUGGAAAACACAAGAGAGAUGCGCGACGCCCUGGCCUUACUCCUCCGAGGAGAUAGCUUCAUGCAAGAGUUUUCGCGCCUACAAUAUGAAAAUGAAAUGUUGAGAGCUAAGGUGAAGUUCUAUCAGGAGCAGGAGCAAACCGAAUCCUGUGGAGAAUAAACUUUAGUACUUUAACAUCUUUUUAAUGUUUCAAUUAUUUAUUUAAAUAUUCUUGGUAUUGUAUCUAAUUAGUUGUUAUUUUUGAAUCCCAAGAAACAUUAUUGAAAUACGCAAAGCGUCAAAGAAAUUUAAGUUAAUAUAUGAAGAUAAAUGUAUAAGUGAAGAAUUUUGCAGUUAAGUCUGAGAUAUAAGAUCCUAUAUAGAAAAUAAUGUUAAUGCAUUUCUAAUACGGCCUUUAAAAAUCUUUUAAUUUGUUUUCUACAAAACUUUAUUAUAAUGUUAUCAAAUGUUUAUAGCGAUAGUUAAUUUUUUUUUGUAAUAUAUUAUACUUUUAUACACUUUUA